AUGGCUGCGGAGUCCGAGAGGCCGCCUUACCUUAAUGGUGCUUCUGGGGCUAAAGGAGCCAAGGAGUCAGAGGCGGCAUCGGAUACGGCGCAACGGUUGGCUAGAGGCAAUAAUGACAUGAUGGAGGUGCCUCGCCCGGCCAUUCAAACCCAUGGACAGGCCAUGUCCCAAGUACCCAAAUUGCUUCCUAAUCUUCCCACCUAUUCCGCCCCGACGUCCACUUGCAACUCCGCCGUCUCCUCCCGCGAAUCCUCCCCUGUCCGAACCUCCUCACGCACCGCCAAUUCCCCAUCCACCAGCCGAGUGGCUUCGCAGACUCGAAAGGGCAAUCAGGAUCGUGCGAGCCCAACUCGAGCCCCCAGCAACGGUCAUCCCUCUGCUCGAACGAUACCAUCCUCGUCUGGUCAGCGUUCUUCGCCGGCAACCCCCACCAACCCUCCACCGUUCCUCUCCCCUCCUGCUGCUCCCGAACCACCGGCCAAUGUCCCCAGUCCGGAAAAGCACAAUAUGCCAUCAUGGGCGGGGAAUCGACGUACCGAUCAAGAAUCGACUGCCCCGAAUACUUCUCAGAAACGAACCUCUCCCACGCCUCCGGAGGAUCAUGGCAAGGUCGACCGAAGCACCCCUCGGCCCACCACGAGGGUCAUCCCGGGACAAGGUCCCUCCCUGGAGACGGUUCAGGAGAUGGCCAGCAAUCCAUCCACUCCGUCCAGCGACACUGCUCUCCAGCCGACAACCCCGGACGAUGCCCGGUUACACACAAUCGAUGAAGACCCAACUCCUCGAGCCUCCAGGCAGAAUACGGAGAGUGGCAGUGACAGUGGCGGUAACCCAAGUUCGAGGGAGGAGAGUCGCGCUCAUACCACAGGAACAGUCAGAAUGCCCGGGACAAUCAUGCCGCAGCGGUCGUCAACUUCACUCAGCGCUGGUGCGCGAGCGAAGCCUACGGACGGCUCGGUCCGCAACAUGACUGUGGAGACGGAAACCGUUACCUCAAUCCCACAGGUAUCGUUGGGUGUUGCCACUGGUGAGCGAGGCAACACUAGUCGAGCCGAACAGGGCACCCUACGUAUGAAACCUUCCACGGAGACGAUCCGACCUCGCAAAGAGAAGAAGAAGAACCGGCGUGCCAACCACCUCACUACUGGGCCCGGAACCAGCAAGGCGGACAUUUUCGAGGCCAAGGUGGCCAGCGCGGUGGAUGAAGCUGACGUGUCUGACUCUGACGAGACUUUUGUUUACGAGUCCAAUCCUCCUGACCCAUAUCCGCCUCGCCAGUCGCGGUAUCACUCUCGAACACCGAGUGCGACAUCCAUGGCAAGUCAAGUCGACCAGCUGGCUGGUCGUGCUCGUGGCGCCAUUCGCGAUGCUUCGCAUAGUGUUACCGUGAAACGCAGCAUGAAAUUUACAAACAAUACAUACAAUAGCAGUUUGGAUGGUGAAGUUCCGGAUGCCGAUGGAAGUCGAAAUGCCGGCCGAGUUGAAGGCAGCGGCACUAUAACUCCCCGUCACCAUCAUGUUGGGCGCCAUGGACGCAACGGGGCUUACCCGUCGCUCUUCGAUAGUGAUGGGCCGUUCCCUCAGCCUCAAGCUCAAUUAAAGUCGCCACGACACUUCAUCGGCAGUGGAUAUCGCCAUUCGCGAAACAGCAAUACGCGAUCCUCGCCCAACUAUAAAACCAUCGCCAACAAAAAGGCCGGCGAUGUAUAUGACUUUGAUGCUGAGGGCGCUGACGACGAGCGCACGCCGUUGGUGGGUACACCGCGGGCUACGCGUAGCCGCCAUGGGCGACGACCUAACAGUGCCAGUCUACGGCAGAUGGAAUAUAUGGCUCAACGGCAACGGGGUUGCUUCUCUCGAUAUGGCUCUUGUGCUAUAAUUCUUUUGCUCUUGCUUAUUAUAGCUGGUGGUGCUGCUUCAUUCAUUACCGCCGCAACCAAGACACUUCUGGAUGUGCAGGUUGUUGCCAUUCAAAAUGUCCUGGCCUCUGAGCAAGAGAUUAUGCUGGAUCUUCAAGUCGAGGCAAUGAACCCGAACAUCUUCCCGGUCACAAUCGAGGACGCCGAUGUUAACAUAUUCGCCAAGAGCCGAUAUGUCGGCACAGAAAACACCUGGCAAGAGCAAUCCUCGGAUGUCGAGCUUUAUCGGACCCCACGAGUGCAGCAGAGUCGACGCCGGUGGUAUUUGUCGCAGCUUGUACGGUGCCUUGGAAAUGCGGAAUGCGUUGAGGAAGCCAUGAACGGCCACUCGAAGGGGCGUAAUGAUGGUGGUGUCGACAAAGGCACCGAUCCCAUCAGUGAUCCCGAGGGUGACCCACAAACCAUGCUUUUGGGCCGCGUCUUCCGCUUCGACUCGCCUCUCUCUUUCGAGGCGUCUCCCUGGGGUCACUUGGUGUCUACCUCGAAGGGUCAGAUUCGGCUUGCUCGACCUGGAAACAAGACUGAAUCAGGCGGCACGGAGCGCUGGGAGCGUGUUCUCCAGCAUCCGUUUGACCUGAUCGUGCGGGGCGUGGUUAAGUACCAGCUCCCACUCAGCGCGCGUUUCCAUUCCGCCUCCAUCAGUUCAACCGUCCGUGUUGUCCCCGACGAUGACGAUGUGCACAACCCCGAUAGUCCAGACUCUAUGCCCCCAAGCAACGAAACAGCGCCUCACCUCUCCCUCCGGGAAACCACUCCCUCCUCUGGCCGCCUCAUCGCGGAACCCGAUCCCCAACCGGAGUAUCAACCGGGAGUAUCUCAACGACAGUUUACGGCAUAA